CCAAAACCAAAUUCUUAAGCAACAUGCCUCUUUCUUCAUGCAGCUUAUAUAUGUAUGUCUAGAUUCUUGUCUCAUCUCUCUCAUCAAUCUACCACAAACCCAAGUCUUCCUUUGGCCUUACCCUUUUCUCUUGCUCUUUUAUACUUUUCCGUAUACACUCCAAGAAUGGAUACAAGAGAAUACUGGAGUCUCGACCCAGUUCAAGAGAAUCAUGGUUUUAAUUAUGAUGAUGGUGAUUAUGAUGAUGCACUUUCUCUCUGUGAUCUUGCAUUGCACAACAACAGCAAUGCCUCUGAUUGGGAUGACUCGUCAAAAGAAGAUCAGAGCUCCUCUUUUGAUCAGGAUUUGUUUGAAUUUUUCAGUGAAGACUUUACUGCAUCUGCUUACCCUAAAGACAACAUCAUCUUCUGUGGAAAGCUCAUUCCAUAUAAAGGAGAUAAAGAAGAGGAGCAGGCACACAACUUGGAGAAAGCUAUCAGUAAACCCAGAGAGGGCAAGAGGAGCCGCAUCUUUCCAUGGAAAACAUUUUCAUCCAGCAGGUCAACAAGAAGCAAGAGUUACACCACUUGCAAGACUUUCCCAGACUUGGCAUCUGAGAGUAAUGAGUAUGGCAUGAAAAGAUACAACCGUGUUUCGAUGAAGAAAGUAUCAUUACUGGGUGGUCCAGCAAGGUCGAGAUGGUACCUGUUUGCAUUUGGGGUGGGAAGAUAUCCAAUGGAGAUGGAACUCAGUGACAUCAAGACAAGACAGAGCAAGCUAACGGACAGCAAGAUGAGGCAGAGCAGCAAGGCUCCGGGCAAGAGCAAGGCUGAUGAUGGAAGAGAAAAGCUGGAUGGGAGAGGUGGGAAAAGAGCGAGAGGUUGGUGGAGUUUGCUAAGGAUCUUGGGAUGCAAGGGUAACCAAGCAAAUGCCAUGGUUAAAGCUUCAUUGGGUCUCAUGCCAUUGCCAAAUGUGUGAGAACUAACAAGAGUACUUCAGACAUGAUUAGUAUAAGUGAUUUAGUUGAGCAGGCCAAGGUUGACAUCGUACCAGUGGCUCUUCUGUUCUGAGUUGGGCCAGUCAUUAAGAAAACGAGAAGGAUGUUUACCUUUGAGAGAAGCAUAAUGGCCCAGAACUCUUACGAGAAAUGGAUAAAUGCAAUCGAUAUUUACAUAUGAUUUAGACCAUGAUAAUUGUAAUGGGAGAACCUUGAGAGAUAGCAUAUGAAACCACACAUUUUACGGCACCAAAAUGCAAAUGAUGCAUGUAUAAAUCAGUGAGUUAAAGAAAGCUACAGAUGCAUGUUGGUUAUGCAUAGCCUAACUGGAAAAUAUGCACUCGAUUUUAUUAUUUUAGUAA